GCUCCGCUGGUCUGCUUUAUUUUUAACACUUUGGGUGGGUCAAACAGCGGCUGAGGAGAAUGAGCGACCCUGCGCACUCCCUGCCCCUGCUGCAGCUCUCCCCCACCGUGACCUAGACCUCAGCGCCUCUCAUGGGAUUAUUAUUGCCCUUCAAAUAACGGACUUUAUUCUAAAGACAUCGACAAAGAAGUGUGUCAUUCUCCAGGACUGUUUUUCAGUUGUAUAGGUCAACCAUCUCUGGCAUUCCACUGUCUUGUCUUCGUGUGGCACGCUGAGGUGUUUGGUCCCUCUCAUUUCUCUUCAUCUCGAUGGCAACUAUGACCUCCACCACAGACUUUGACAAUGCUGAAAUCGCUCAGCAGUACAGCCGCAUCAACACCCGCUUCGAACUGUCUGACGAAGAGCUCGACAACGACAACAGCUCGGCCAGACUGUUUGAGCGCUCGCGCAUUAAAGCGCUUGCAGAUGAGCGGGAGGCUGUCCAGAAGAAGACCUUCACAAAAUGGGUGAAUUCAAUAUUAGCCAGAGUCAGCUGCCGAAUCUCAGAUCUCUAUCUAGACCUUCGGGAUGGGAGAAUGCUCAUCAAACUACUGGAGGUUCUGUCAGGGGAGAGACUGCCCAAGCCAACCAAGGGCCGAAUGCGCAUCCACUGUCUUGAGAAUGUGGACAAAGCUUUACAGUUUCUAAAGGAACAGAGGGUGCACUUAGAGAACAUGGGAUCACAUGAUAUUGUAGAUGGGAACCAUCGGCUCAUCCUAGGCCUUAUCUGGACCAUCAUUCUUCGUUUCCAGAUUCAAGACAUUAUAGUAGAGACAGGACAAGCUGACCAGACAGGCCGGCAAGAGACCCGCUCGGCCAAAGAUGCACUUCUCCUCUGGUGCCAGAUGAAGACUGCAGGGUACCCCAAUGUAAACAUCACCAAUUUCACCACAAGCUGGAAAGAUGGCAUGGCUUUCAACGCUCUCAUUCACAAACACAGGCCAGAUCUGGUGGACUAUGGCAAUCUAAGGAGGUCCAAUCCUACUCACAACCUUCAGCAGGCCUUUAAUGUAGCUGAAAAAAAGCUUGGUGUCACCAAGCUCCUGGACCCAGAAGAUGUAUUCACUGAGAACCCAGAUGAGAAGUCCAUAAUCACAUACGUUGUUGCAUUUUACCACUACUUCUCCAAGAUGAAAGCUUUGGCAGUUGAGGGCAAGCGAGUUGGCAAGGUGCUAGACCAGGCCCUUGAAACAGAGAAGAUGAUUGAGAAGUAUGAGACAUUGUCAUCAGACCUGCUAACAUGGAUUGAGCAAACCAUUAUUGUGCUGAACAACCGCAAGCUUGCUAACUCCCUUACAGGCGUCCAACAGCAAUUUCAGGCUUUCAACUCUUACCGUACUGUGGAAAAACCACCUAAAUUCCAGGAGAAAGGCAACUUGGAAGUACUGCUGUUUACCAUCCAGAGCAGAAUGAGGGCCAACAAUCAGAAAGUCUACACACCUAAAGAGGGUGCACUGGUGUCUGAUAUCAACAAGGAGUUGUGUGCUCUGGCAGCUCAGAGGAAAGCCCGACUUGAGCAGUCGCGACGACUUUGGAACUUUUUAUGGGAAACUGCAGAGUUGGAGAGCUGGAUUCGGGAAAAGGAGCACAUCUUCUCCUCUCUUGACUAUGGUAAGGACCUGACCAGUGUGCUGGUACUGCAGAGCAAACACAGUGUCUUUGAGGAUGAGCUUGCUGCCAGACAGGACAACUUGAAGCAGGUGAUGGACGAGGGAGAGAGCAUGAUUCAGGCCAAGCACUUGGGCUCCCCCAAAGUGCAGCAGCGCAUGGAUGAUGUGCAAAAUCAGUGGCAGCAGCUGGAGGAACUGGCCGCCUUCCGUAAACAGAAUCUGCAAGACACCCAACGCUUCUUCCAGUUUCAGGGUGAUGCUGAUGACCUCAAAGCCUGGCUAGUUGAUGCUAUGCGGCAGAUGAGCAGUGAUGACGUUGGGCAUGAUGAGUACACUACACAGCGACUGCUCAAGAAACACCGUGACUUGAGAGAUGAAGCCGCUAAGAACGGAGCCACCAUUGACGCUCUAUCCAAACAGGCCAAUGCACUUCCUGAGGAAUUAAGGAACACACCAGACAUCCAGGGGCGUCUGAAUGACAUCCGGGAUAUGUAUAUUGAGCUUUUGACCCUCUCAGACCUGAGGCAGAAGAAGCUGGAUGACACCAUGGCUCUUUACACAAUAUUCAGUGAGACAGAUGCUUGUGAGCUCUGGAUGGGCCAGAAGGAGACAUGGCUGGUUGGGCUGGAGACACCAGAGAACUUGGAAGAUCUAGAAGUUGUACAAAACAGGCUAAGCAUUCUUGCUCAGGAAAUGGGUAAUAUGCAGGCUCGGGUUGAUAACGUAAAUAAAGCAGCCAAACAACUCGAAGACAGCAGACAUCCACAAACAAAACAAGUGAAAGACUGUCAAACUCGUCUCAAUAGAAGAUGGGAAGCUUUUAAAGCAAUGGUAGAGGAUAAGAAACACAAAGUAGAUUCAGCCCUCAGCCUACAUAACUAUGAUCUUGAAUGUGAUGAGACGGAAUCAUGGAUAAAAGAGAAGACACGGGUUAUUGAGUCAACACAGGACCUUGGGAAUGACCUGGCUGCAGUCAUUACCAUUCAGAGAAAGCUCUUUGGCAUGGAAAGAGACCUUGCUGCCAUCCAAGAUAAGUUGGAUUUCCUACGUAAUGAGGCCCAGGAGCUUGUGAAGGACCACCCAGAGAAUGCUUCUGAUAUACUUGCCAGACAGAAAGAGUUGGAUGCAGCAUGGGACACCUUGAAACGCACCCUGAAAAACCGUGAAGACUCUCUUGGGGAGGUCAGCAAGCUGCAAACAUUCCUACAGGACAUGGAUGAUUUUCAAGCCUGGCUUUUCAAGACACAGAAGGCUGUUGCAUCUGAAGAUAUGCCUGAUGGUUUACCAGAGGCUGAGCAUUUCCUGAGUCUUCAUGAUGCUGUGAGGGCUGAUAUGGAUAGCCAUGAAGAAGACUACCACCGUGUGAGGGACACAGGAGCAGCUGUCAUUCAGGGCCAAGAAGAUGAUCCUCAGUACCAGCAGCUGGAGCAGAGGCUGGACGGUCUUGAUAAGGGAUGGGAUGAGCUGCACAAAAUGUGGGACAGCCGCAAGAGCUUCCUAGAUCAAGGUCUCGGCUUCCAACAGUUCAUGAGGGAUGCCAAGCAGGCUGAGGCCAUCUUAAAUAACCAGGAAUACAUUCUAGCCCACAUAGACAAGCCUGACACCCUGGAUGGAGCAGAGAUGGCCCUGAAGAAAUACGAGGACUUUGUAACCACCAUGGAUGCUAAUGAGGAGAAGAUACUCAGCACACCGGAGACUGGUCAGAGGCUGGUGGACAGUGGAAACCUUUACUCAGAAAGGGUCAAAGACAAGAUUUGCUCUAUUGAAGAUAGGUACAACAAGAAUCGAGACAAAGCCAAGGAAGUCUCAGGGAAACUGAAGGACAACAGGGAACUUCAGCACUUUCUUCAAAACACCCAGGAUCUUACACUGUGGAUAAAUGAGAAAAUGCUGACUGCACAGGAUACAUCAUAUGAUGAGGCUCGUAACCUCCAUAGCAAGUGGCAAAAACACCAGGCCUUCAUGGCAGAACUAGCAUCUAACAAGGAUUGGCUACAUAAUAUUGAUAAGGAGGGACAGAAAUUGAUGGAAUCCAAGCCUGAGUUUGAGCCCAUUGUCACCGAUCGUCUUGCUAAGCUUCAUGAACUUUGGGAUAAGCUGGAGAGCACCACACAGGAGAAGGCUCGGCUGCUUUUUGACGCAAACCGUUCUGAGCUGUUUGAUCAGAGCCUUGCUGACCUGAAGAAAUGGUUGGCUAAAUUGCAGCAGCAGCUCCAGGGUGAUGUGGACGAAGAAGUUAAGGAUCUUACUAGUGCCAACAUCUUACUGAAGAAACAUCAGAUGACAGAGAAUCAUGUUCGGGAUCAUGCACGGGAGCUUGAAGAACUUCAAGAAGCUGUACAGCAGCAUGCUUCUCUUAGAGAGGACCAACCUGAGCUUGAAAUUGAGCAGCAGACACUUCAGAGGGACUUCCAGAAGCUCCUCACACCUCUCGCCCAACGCAGGGGCAAGCUGGAGGCCGCUAAGGCAGUGCACCAGUUCUUCAGAGAUCUUGCAGAUGAGAUACUCUGGGUUAACGAGAGGUUACCAAUGGCAAUGUCAGAAGAACAUGGCAACAAUCUUCAGACUGUCCAACUUCUGCUCAAGAAGAACCAAUCUCUUCAAAAAGAGAUUGACGGUCACCAGCCACGCAUUGAUGAAGUGUUAGAGCGUGGUCGGCGAAUGGUGGCAGCAGCAGAGGGUAGUCCAGAAGAAGAACACAUGUCUGAGGAGAUGAAGAAGCUCCAGGAUGUGUGGGCAAAGCUGCAGGAUGAGAUGGUCAAACGGAGAGCACGGCUCUAUGGCUCUAAUGAGGCCCAGCAGUAUUACAAUGAUGCAGAUGAGGCUGAGGCCUGGAUAGGGGAACAAGAACUCUACAUGAUUGCUGAUGAGAAGGCCAAGGAUGAACAGAGUGCUAUGAUCAUGCUGAAGCGACACCUGCUUCUGAAGCUGGCAGUGGAUGACUAUGCACGCUCCAUCCAGCAGCUGGCAGACCGUGCCCAAAAGAUGCUGGCUGAAGAGCACCCAGAUGGCGAGGCCAUCAUCCGAAGACAAGGACAAGUUGACAAGCAGUAUGCUGGGCUGAAGGAGCUGGCAGACGACCGCAAAAAGAAGCUGGACCACACAUAUCAUCAUUUCUUGCUUAGUCGUGAAGUGGAGGAUCUUGAGCAGUGGAUUGCAGAGCGUGAUGUGGUGGCCUCUUUACAAGAGAUGGGCCAAGACCUUGACCAUGUGACGAUCCUGCGAGAUAAGUUCAGGGAGUUUGCACGGGAGACAGGGACAGUGGGUCAAGAACGUGUAGACACUGUGAACCGGAUCAUAGAUGAUCUGAUUGAAGCAGGCCACAGUGAGGCUGCAACCCUAGCGGAGUGGAAGGAUGGAGUCAAUGAGAGCUGGGCAGAUUUGCUGGAGCUCAUCGACACUCGUGCCCAGCUCCUUACAGCCUCCUAUGACCUGCUUAAGUAUUUUUAUGAUGGUAAGGAGCUGGUUGCUCAGAUUGAGGAGAAGAAGAAUGAGCUUCCUGAGGAUCUGGGAGAAGACUUCAGCAAAGCAGAGUCCUUCCACCGAAUGCAUGCUGCAUUUGAAAGAGCCAUCAGCUCCCUUGGCAAACAGGUGAAACAGUUCCAGGAGACCGCAACAAGACUGUAUUCCCAGUAUGCAGGAGAUCAGGCCACUGCUAUUCAAGCAACUGAAAAAGAGGUUGUGGAGGCCUGGAAUGGUCUGCUGGCUGCUUGCGCAGGCAGGAGGAAGCAGCUGGAGGAUACUGCAGACAAAUUCCGCUUCUUCACCAUGGUGAGAGACCUACUGGCCUGGAUGGAAAGCAUCAUUCAGCAGAUAGAGACACAGGAAAAGCCACGAGAUGUCUCCUCAGUGGAGCUCCUGAUUAAGUAUCACCAAGGGAUCCGUGCUGAAAUUGAGACGCGUGGGCCAAAGUUUAAUCAGUGUGUGGAGCUGGGCCGGGCCCUCCUGGAACGCAAGCAUAAGGACUCUGCAGAGAUUAAAGAGAAGCUGAUGCAACUGGUAGAGAAGAGGAAAGAGAUGAUGCUCAAAUGGGAUGAAAGAUGGGAAUGGCUUAGACUUUUGUUGGAGGUAUGUCAGUUUGCCAGGGAUGCAUCUGUGGCAGAGGCCUGGCUGAUUGCCCAGGAGCCAUACGUGGCCAGCAGGGAUCUGGGUGAGACAGUGGAUGAGGUCGAAAAACUGCUCAAGAGACAUGAAGCCUUCGAGAAAUCCACUGCUACAUGGGAAGAGCGUUUCUCAGCACUGGAACGUCUUACAACAUUGGAGCUGUUGGAAAUUCGGAAACAACAACAGGACAUAGAACAGUACAGACAAGAGGCGGAAAAAGAGAGCAGGAGAGAAGACACUGGGUUUGCAGAGGAGUCUUCACAACUCUACACCACAGAAGAACAGUCUCUGUCUGGUUUAGGAGUAAUAGAGCCAAGUUCCGUGGGAGUUGAUGGCACAGCGGGGGACUCCACUGUGCCUUUGAUCUCAGAGAUGCAGGAAAGUGGCUCACUGGAGCUGGACCCUUCCACAUCCAUCCAGGUUACCAAAGAGACAGAAAAAGCUGCCACGCUUCCCACUGAAUCUUCACAAGUUCAAUCAGUCUUGAUGGAGGGACCUCUAUCCCGCAAACAUGAGAUGGAGGGACCUAAUAAGAAGGCAUCCAACAGGUCCUGGAACAACAUUUACUGUGUGCUUAAAUCUGGGCAGCUCUCUGUUUACAAGGAUGCCAAGAGCUUUAGUCACAGUGUCACCUACCAUGGUGAGGAACCCCUGAACCUCACCAAUGCUUCUUGCGAGAUCUUGACUAACUAUAAGAAAAAGAAGCAGGUGUUCAAACUCCAACUUGAAGAUGGAAGUGAAUAUCUGUUCCAGUGUAAAGAUGAGGAGGAACUCCAGAACUGGACUCAGGCUAUAGAACAGGCAGCACAAGCUGUGACAGAAGAACCAGUUGCAGGGCCAUCAGGAGUGAAGGCACAAAGCCUACCUCCACCUUCUUCCUCUACUCUAGAGGUUCCCUCAACCAAGAAGGAAAAGGAGAAGAGGUUUAGUCUGUUCGCUAAGAAGAAAUAAACUCCUGGACAGAAUGUGACACAGGUGAAAUGGAACAGAUUUAUAACACCAUUUUUUUUUUUUUACAUUAUAUUAAUUUGUAAGAAUUUAGCUAUAUGAAAUGUAGAUUACACUGCUGCCUGUAUCUAAGCUAAUGACGUGUUGCUAAUGUCCACACGUAUGCUUUUUUAUGUUUUGCUGUAUUUUUCUGAUACUAGAGUCACAUACCACAUUCACUCUGUAUACAAAUAAAAGCACAGGAACCAAUCAAAUUUAACCAAAAAUAUUUGUAAGAAAAAAGGAGUUCUUCUUGUCUUGAUUUUUUUGUUAUGUGUUGAGUUUCUUCUAGGCAUGCUUCAGUAUGUAUUUUGACUAUAAAUAACAUGCUUAGUUUUGUUAAUCUGCCUUAUUCCUUUAAAAUGGUUGCAAAUGUAAUACUGUGCUCUUUGCAUCGGAACUUAUAGAAUUUAAAUAGAGGUUGACAUUGGAGAGGUGUUUCUUUUUGUAAAUGGUCAUCAGCUAGCAGGAGGUGUGAUGAUGGUGUUUAACACUAUAGCGUUAACAUGAUCUAUAUGCAAUAAGCAGUGUUUAGUGUACUUUUAGACUGUUUAGGUGUUGUAUUUUUCAUUAUUCCAACAAACAUAUGAAUAUUAAUAUUUUCAUAAUAUUAUAUUCAAAUGUGAACAUAUUCAUGCCAUUAUGUAUGAAUGCAUUAAGAAGUACAGCAAUGGUACUAAAGAGAAUACAAAGAUGAGAGAGGUAGAUUUUUUUCUUUCCAAAACCUUAACUACGCUGAAUACUUUUGGAAAAGCAUGAACUAAUAUAUUUAUUUAAUAUGGUGCUAUAUCUUUAAGAUAAGAGUUUUACCCUCUCAUAACUCAGGUUCCCUAGUAUUAGUCACAUUAUAAAUGCCCUUACACAAGGACAGAAAAACCAAAAUGUAUCUCUCACAUCAUCAUAACAAUGAUUAAAAUUUGAAAGUGAUGUGUACAGCUUGGAUAAUGCAGUAUAAAUUAAACGUGGUAGCCAAUGAAUGUUUGAAAACAUGGAGAAUAGUGUGUCAUACAAAUAUGAAUGUAGAAAUAAUGGUAAAGGGGAAAUUUUACCUGUAACAUAAUAAUAAUAAUAUUAAUAACUUCCUAAAUACAUUUAAACUGAAUGCUCAUAUUCUGAUCAUGCUAAUUAAAUAUUCAUUACUUAUAUUUUAACUACGUUUUUGAAAUGUUGUAUCAAAACAGUAAAACAGUACAUUGAAUUUAACACAGAAUUGAAGAGCCCUAUUUCCAAAGUCUUAGGUUUUUUCAGUAUUAUAUUAAUAUGGAUAUAUAUGGAUAUAUCCAUACUGUUUCUGCCAGGCACUGCAAGCUAAAAUAAGCAAUGUUUUUUUUUUAUUUGCAUUUUUUCUUUUUCUUAUUAUUAUUAUUUUUUCUUUUUUUUUAUUGCAGAAACAUUUUUAACAAUAGUUAAAUUUCAUCUCACUGUUGGUUUCUUGGAUAUGAAUAUGUUUACAGAGUCAUGUUUUGCGAGGGUCAGCAUGGUGCUUUAUUAAGAUGGUGUUUUUUUUUUUGGCCAUUACAUCUCGGACCUCCAAAUCUUUCUUUCUCUCUCUCUCUCUCUCUCUUGGUUUAAACACACUGCAGUCUACGUUAGAAUUAACUCCCUUUCAACUAAUAUGCCUCCAUUCUCUCUUCUCCUUUUAUAUCUGUAUGUUCAAUGCAAAAUCACAUAUAAUAAUUUGAAAGCAAGGUAUGACUCAUUUUAGGAGCAUAAAAAUCAAUAAACUGUGUUUGCAGUAACCAUUGCCCAUUUUUGUCUGUUUAAGGACUUGUAGUGUGUGUUUCUGUCUGAGUCUUAUUUACUUUUCUAUUAAGUGAGUAUUACACAGUCUGAUCAGGUAAAGUUGAAUUAACUAAACUAAGUAAAAUGUUAUUUAAAAUUAAUGUUAAAACAUACCGCUCUUGUCCAGUAGAAGACACUGCUGUGCUGAGCAAGUGUGAGAAUGUUGUAAGAAAAUAGUGAUGUGUUUAGUUCAUGAAAUUCAUGGAGUAACAUUUACACUACAUCCACUCAAUGUCAAACUAAAAUCAUUAGACGUUGAUCUUUUGUUGGUUUUAGGUUGUGGCAUUAACACUACCACUACUUAGCAAUAAAACUAGUAAGUUAAUACAGACUCAAGAUUAUGUUGUGCACGAAUUAAACGUCAUGAACGUAAAUGACAUAUUUUGGAUUCAAAAACGACUAUUAAAUCUACAGUAAUCGAUGAACCAACGA